AUGCUUCAAAUUUUAUCUCACUUUUCCUUUUUUAUUAUUUUUUUCUUUUUUCUUCCCUUAUCCUCCAGUUUUCUUUCAUUUUUCCUUUCCUUUUCUUUCUUAUUUUCAUCUUUUUUAUCUUAUCCUUCAAUUUUUCUCUCAUUUUCCUCUUAUUUCUUUCUUUAUUUCUUUCAUCUUCUUAUUACUUUCAUCUUUCUUUUUCUAUCUUAUCCUUCACUUUUUCUCUCACUUAUUGUUUCUAUAUUAUUAUUUUUAUCUUUCUUUUUUCUUCUUUUAUUCUUCAGUUUUUCUCUCUCAUCCUUUUCCCUUUCUUUCUAUCUUUCUUUUUUAUUCAUUUCUCUAACUUUUCCUUUCUACUUAAUCCUUUAUAUCUUAUUAUUUUUAUCUCUCUUUUUUUCUUUUCUUUCAUCUUUCUUUUUUUAUCUUAUUAUUUUUAUUCUUUCUAUUUUCUUCUUCAAUUUUUCUCUCUUAUCUUUUUCUUUCUAUUCUUUCUUUGUUCUUAUUACCAUCUUCCUUUUUAAUCGUUUCUAUAACUUUUCUUUUCAACUUAAUUCUUUAUAUCUUAUUAUUUUUAUCUUUCUUUUUUCUUCUCCUACCAUUCAAUUUUUCUUUUUUCUUUUUAUUUCUUUCCUUUUUAUUCUUAUUAUUACUUUCAUCUUUCUUAUACUUCAAUUUUUCUCUCACUUAUUCUUUCUAUAUUAUUAUUUUUAUCUUUCUUUUUCCUACUUUUAG